AUGUCUCCGACACCUCACAACCGCAACCAGACCUCGCAGACAACGACCCUGCUCAUCCUCUGCUUCAUCAUCAUCUGCCUCUUUCCGAACCUAUUUCAUUUUCUCUGGAACUUACCCCUCACGGCCCUUGGAUACGCAUUCUCGACAAGUAGCAGUAGCUCAAAGGCGACAACCCCACGUCAUACCCCACCACCACCGCCAACUCUCUCAUCCGCACCGACAAUGACGGGCUCCUGGUUCCAGAAGCAGCUCACGCUGCCCGCUCGCUCGCGCGGCUCGUACCUCAUCACCGACGAGAUUGUUGGCGCGCUGCCCGAGCUCAAGAACUACAAGGUCGGCAUCCUGCACUUGUUCGUGCAGCACACGAGCUGCGCCCUCAGUCUCAACGAGAACUGGGACGACGACGUCCGCGCCGACAUGAGCGACGCGCUGGACCGCAUCGCUCCCGAGGCCGGCCCCAAGGGCCAGGAGCUGUACCGUCACAGCGCCGAGGGUCCUGAUGACAUGCCGGCUCACAUCAAGAGCGCCCUCGUCGGCGCGAGUGUUACUAUCCCGAUCAAGGAUGGUAAGCUGGCCACCGGCACCUGGCAAGGAAUUUGGUACCUGGAGUUCAGGGCCAGCAAGCACCAGCGCCGCCUCGUGGCCACUAUCCAGGGAGAGCCCAAGGCGUGA